AUGACAGCAAUAAAUGUGAAUGGGUUGCAUUCUGUGGAAGGGGAAUCACUAAUGCAUCAUUUUUAUGUAAGCACGUCAAAAAAAAGGAGAUUUUAUGGUAAAGAAUUGUAAUCAUAUAAAUGAUGCUUUAUAUUAUAUCUUUAAUUCGUUGAUCAUUUUUCUUUGUAAAAUUGUUUAGGUAUUCUUGAAAGACCUUCUCUACCAUCUUCAAUUGAAGAAGUUACUUAUAAAAUUUUUAUGGUUGGAAGAUCUGGAGUGGGAAAAACUGCUGUUGUAUCUCGUCUUGCUGGAUUAGAAGAAUCAAGUAAUUAUACGGAAACUAAUGGGAUCAAAAAGACAAAUAUAUUUUGGCCGGUUAAGAUAUGGGAUAAAGUUGUAUUGUUUAAAUUACAAUUUUGGGAUACUUCAGAGACAAGCAUCAAAAAAUAUAAUCAUAUAUUGCCUGCAUGUAAAGAUAAAGUAGAUGCUAUAUGUUCUGUAUUUUCCUUUGAUGAUGCAACAGGAUUCAAUGAUGUCCCAUAUUUGAUGAAUACAAUGGCAGCUAUAAAAGAAAAACCGGCAAACAUAGUGAUAGGAACAAAGUUUAAACCGUGGUCCAGUUCUACAAUAGAAGAUGCACGGAUAAAAGAAUUUGAAGACAAAUGGAAAGUUAAAGUUAUAAGAAUUGAUAUUAAUAAACCUUCCAUGAGGUCUGAAAUGUUUGAUUGUUCUUAUCAGUUGAAUACUAUUUACAUGAAAAGCAAUAAAAUUCUCUUAGUGGGGGGAGUAGUUUUUACGUCGGAAAUUCUUUGGUAUUUGUAUAGAAGAGUUUACAAUCUGUGGAAUAAUUACACGAAUACAUGCGAAGUUCCAAAAGUACAAAUAUCCGAAUCGAGACAAAACAUUUCAGAGGUCAUGUUUUUUACGAAUGAAUCUUCUUUUUGUCGAACACAUUUGUACGACGAAGAGGUCUGCUCCAAAGACAAUUGUUCGGUUCAAUAUUUAAGAAAGAUAAUAAGUUAUAUGGAUCGAGCAACGCAAAGUCUGGACGUCUGUAUGUAUUUCUUGACCUGCCAAUCAUUAUCAAACGCAAUCGUGAACGCUCAUAAACGAGGUGUACUUGUUCGAGUAAUAAUGGAUCGACGCAUGAGCUCUAACGUUGCUACGCAAACGGUUUUAUUUUAUAACAACGGAGUCGCGAUCAGAUUAGCAUAUGAGGAUAAUCUGAUGCAUCAUAAGUUUCUAAUUGUGGACAAUGCUCUGGUAAUUACCGGUAGUACGAAUUGGACUAUGUCUGCAUUUUUUGGGAAUUUCGAUCACGUGAUAGUGACUAACCAGCACUCGUUGGUGAGGCCAUUUGUUGAUGAAUUUGAUAGGCUGUGGAAGAUAUUUUCGCAAUCGCAAAAAUAUUUGGAAGAUCUGCCUUCAGCCUUUCUUCAAUCUUCCUUCAAUGACAGUGUAUAAUCUCAUGAGUAUUCGUUUCGUUCUUACAAUUUUCCUUUUCUGAUAGUUGAACAAUUUCCGAAUGGUAUACUAUAUUUGUCGAGUCUCUUCUUCCUGAUACCUAACGAAAGACAUGUUAGCGUCUGGAGAGCGCUCCUUUGACGUCAAAGAAACCGAAAGAGAGAUCGUAAAACUCGAUGGUAUGUUAGUAGUAGGAGGAUAUAUCCCCACAUACUUAUGCGGGGAUAUAUACUUGUGAGAUGGUAGAAUGAUGGUACCAGUCAACAUGUGAAAUAGCGCGAUGCAAAUUGGUACGGUGUUUCGAGCAGCGAUCGACGCGAUACGUUGCGUCCCGACACGACAUGACGUAUGGUAACUUGCUGCUCUCAUCGGCCGAUAAAAGUGGAACAUUGUCCGUAUAUAUAAAUAGGUUAGCCUGUAUGAAAAUAGACGUCGGGCUGUUGGACCGGAGGAUCGAUGACGAGAUACUCGGCGACGAGCCGUCCGUUGCCUCAACUUUCUUUCCUUUCCUCUUUGCUUUGGGAUUCACGGUCUUGGUGUGUCGUCAUUACGCCUCUGAGAUUUUGUCCUGUCAUUUUUUUCUUUCUGCUUUCGAAUUUAUUUUCGUUAUUUUAUACUUUCGUACAAAUUCUUAGAGUUUGGCUAUAGACCCUGGCUAUCGGAUUAAGACGACAAGACAAAAAAUUUCACUUCUCUAAGUGUAGGAGAUCAUGUACGCACAUCAUGUAGAUGAUUAUGUGUACGUAGUAGUUAAUUAAUUUAUUUAAUUUAUGUGCCAUUUGAAAUGCCAACGCCAUUGAAAAUAUUUUGGAGCCUGAUCAAACCUGUGCACUAGUCUUUCAAAAACAGCUGAUUUGAAAACAGAGAUUCAGUGCGUUUAAUCAGGACGUAAAGGCAAUGCAUAAAGGAAAGAAUAUGUAUAAUAAAAGAACACAGAUUAUUAGCACGUGUAUAUAUAACAUCUUGGUAACAUCACUAUUAUAUCAUUAUAAUAUAAUAAACUUUAUUGUUAGAAUUCGCUCAUAUCUCUCAGUUUUACUAGAAAAGUGAAAAACAUUGGAAAUUCUUAGUGAUCCUAAUUACAUGAUCAGUAGAGUGUAGUGUCUAUAUAGAUUUGUCCCGAACUGUACCCGACUGUGGGGAAUAUAAUGGAAUCAAAUAUAGAUUCAAAUAUACCGUUCUCUAAUUGUGUUUUCGCUAUCUGAUAUUAUUCUUGGAUGUACGCAGGUAAACAUGUUCCUACACGAGAUAAAUACAUUCGCACGCUGUAGGAGAAAUAUGUAACUUGGGAAAGCAAACGAUUCAGAAUAAACGUGCGACGCGUGGAAAUAGCAACGCGCAAGCCCGAAAUAUCCAUUGUAUCCAGAUACGAUAAAAGCACCGAACGCAGUUUGACGUUUGCUAAUAUGCUUUUUCCUGGACCGCAUCUACGUCAAUAGUAGGAAUGUAUCGAUAUUUUGGAAAACGUACAGCUUUUUGGCUUAAUCGCUGCUUGUUUGACUUACAGGAACAGAAUUUUCAAAACAUCGUUCGCAAUUCCGCGAAUCGUUCGCUUUUUUCUCGAAUCGUGCAAUAAAUUUCCCGAUCCCACUUCAGCUUCCACCGGAUAAGUUUGAAGAAGAUCCACGCACACGGCAUGGAAAUCUUUCUCGUUAAAUUCAAAUUGCAUCUGGCAAAAGAAUGUGUUUCUCUGUUUACGUCGAUAUUUGUUCUCUUCUUCUUGUCAUGUUUGUCAAGAAGCGUCAGUUUCUUGCGCAUCUGCUCGUGAAAACGAUUCAUUACAGUAGAAAGCAAGUACAAUACUUGACAAACGGAGGAAAAUAGGCGGCUCGUAGGUCAAGGGUGUAUCAAAUCGGACAAGUGGCACGUUCGCGAUGGCCGCGAGAGUCAUGAAUUCGGGAGAAAGAAAAGGUCAAAGGUCAAGUAUCCCUCGAUGGCCCUCUUAGUUGCUCUCUUUUCUAUUCGAGACGCGGAGAUUGAAGGACAAACAAGAAAGAAAAAUGUUUCGCGCACAGGUAGCAGCUUCGCUCGUUAAAACUCUGCGGGAUAUGCCACGAAAUGCGAAACCAGCUGUAUUUUUAUACAACCUUCCCUCCCUGCCAACCCUAACCAAGGGAACAGAUUCUUUUCAAUAAUCUUCGUUUGAAUAACUUUUUUUUUUUUUUCUUUUU